AUGAACGCGGUCGUGAAAACAGCCUCUCCUGUGGGGGAGAUCCUGGUCCUGCAUCACCCCACCACCAUCAGCACCAAGUACCAGGCGAUGGUACACGUAGGGCCGGUCCGGCAGACCGCCUCCAUCGUCUCCAUGGACCGCGAGUGUCUGAGGACCGGAGACAAGGCGCUGGUCCACUUCAGGUUCAUCAAGCAUCCCGAGUACCUGCAGCCUGGGCUCAAGAUGGUGUUCAGGGAGGGCCGCACCAAGGCUGUGGGGAAGGUGCUGGAAGUCAUCCCCAAGGCCGCCCCGUCCCACCACCCGCACCGCAACCACAAGAUCAACAAGAUGCUUAAACAGAGUGCUACAACAUCUACUGCCUCUGCAGCGACUGCUCCUGCUACGGCUUCUAACACAUCUGGUGACCACACACCACCCAGCACAACCACCUCCUCCGUAACCAUACCACCUAUCACUUCCACACCUACCAACACUCAGGCCUUACCCACCCCCGACCACCACUCUAACACCACUUCCACCACCCGUAUACCUCCUCCCCACACCUCGCUACACUUCAAUUCCUAUAAUUCCUGUGGCCCCGUUGGGGAGCUGGUGCACAGCCCCCUGCCUCCAUCGGCCCCAUCUUCAGGGGACAAUGCCCCCUCAACUAAUGGACCCAAGUUGCCAGACCCACCUAAUUUGGCGGGACCAACUAAAUCGGCAUGCAGUGGCCCGGCCAAUUCGAUGGGACCUCCGUUAAUUUCUGGUCCCAAACUAGUCCCCUACCACCUGGUGGACCCCAAACCGAUGGACCCCAGACAUCCUGCGCAGCAGACCCAGGGGCCCCAACUCCCCUCACAGGACCCGCCUGAUGAUCUGGGCCGAGAGUCGCUGUCCCAGAGGGACAUAUCCCACGGACCUGAACCUGCUGUAGACAUAGGGACAGGUCCUAGCGACGGGUCCUCCGGCGCACAGAAGAAGCACCGCAGUCGCCGAGGGGGCAAGCAUAGGUUGCGGUCAAAUAAACCCCCCACGGGGGGCGGGGAGCCUCCACCCCCCACUUCAGGCGCCCACGACGUCCCUCUGCAGUAGAGGGACGCCCUCCCCGCACCCUCACCCCGGGGCUUGGGUGUCGCCCGUCAAGCGCCCUCCCCAUCCUGCGGGAGUGACAUCCCCUACACCCCCGGGGGGUCAGGGCAGCAUGCCUCCCCCCCAACAGUCCACUCAUAAUAUUUUGAUCAUCAAUGUUUUACAAUUUAAAUCUAUGCUUAAUUCUUGAUGUUGACGACGAUUGUGAUGCUAGAUCAAUAAUUUCAACCUAAGUCUAAUAUCCACGAUGAAACUAGGAACGUUAAUUUGAUUUAGAAGAAAUAGGUGACCUAGAGGCACCUAGACAUAUUCUAGAUCUCGCUUGACGCGGUAUAGGUGACCUAGAGGCACCUAGACAUAUUCUAGAUCUCGCGUGACGCGGUAUAGGUGGCCUAGAGACACCUAGACAUUCUAGAUCUCGCGUGACGCGGUAUAGGUGGCCUAGAGACACCUAGACAUUC